CCUUCCUUCUUAAAUUAAUUGAGUUCUUUGUGCAGGCCGUAGUUUCCAAUGCUGUUAAAAACGUUUUUGCGGCAAAACCAUGUGGUCGGACUUUUCGAAGAAAAUGACAGCGCGAUAAAAGGAAUUAACGAUGACGUCAUCAGCCAAUUGUCUGCGUUGUGUGAUUGGCUCUUACAAAAAUCGAAAUGGUAGAUAAUAGCUUCUGAAAGACGGAACAAGGUUUACACCAACAGUAUUACAAAAAAAUGGCUGCCAGGCCAGGUAGUACUUCGUCGGCCUCCCUGGCCAGAAAAUCUCCUGCGGCUGCUCAAAAGCCACCUGUACUAAAUUCUAUGAAGGGGAUGUCUUUCAACGAGAGUAUGCAAAGAAGACAGGCUAGACUUAGAAGAAGAUCUGUGUCAGUAUCAUCUACGGACAGCUACAGCUCAGCAAGUUAUUCCGAUGCAAGUUAUUCAUCUGAUGAAGAGGAUGGAGGCCUCAACCCAAGAGAAAAAGAGCAGGUUAAUUCAAGUGGUCAAAGUGAUUUUUGCAUACGUAAUAUCAAAUUAUCUGAUUUUGGUCGUCGAGAAAUUGACAUUGCUGAGCAAGAAAUGCCUGGUAUAGUUUUGUUACGAAAAAGAAAUCACAAUGAAAAGCCAUUAGAAGGUGCAAGAAUUGUUGGAUGUACUCAUAUCACAGCUCAAGCUGCUGUCUUGAUUGAAACACUAUCUGCCCUGGGUGCUCAGGUUAGGUGGUGUGCAUGUAAUAUUUAUUCAACUCAGAACGAAGUUGCAGCAGCUCUUGCAGAAGCUGGCUAUCCCAUAUUUGCUUGGAAAGGAGAAUCUGAAGAAGAUUUUUGGUGGUGUAUUGAGAAAUGUAUUACUUAUCAAGGUUGGACACCCAAUUUGGUGCUGGAUGAUGGUGGCGAUGCAACACAUUUAAUUUUGAAAAAGUAUCCUGCAAUUUUCAAUCAAUUAAAAGGUAUUGUUGAAGAAAGUGUUACUGGUGUACACAGGUUGUAUCAGCUGUCGAAAGCACAAAAAUUAUCAAUACCAGCCAUGAAUGUCAAUGACUCUGUGACGAAGACUAAAUUUGACAACUUGUACUGCUGUAGAGAGUCAGUGUUGGACAGUCUUAAGCGUACUACUGAUGUGAUGUUCGGAGGUAAACAAGUGUUGGUGUGUGGUUAUGGCGAGGUUGGAAAAGGAUGUUGCCAAGCACUCAAAGGGUUGGGAUCUGUUGUUAAUGUUACUGAAGUUGAUCCUAUAUGUGCUUUACAAGCUUGUAUGGAUGGUUUUCGUGUGGUGCGGAUAGAAGAAUCUAUAAAGACGAUUGAUAUAUUGAUUACCUGCACAGGAAACAAGCAUGUUAUUCGCCGUGAACAUUUAGAUCGAUUAAAAAAUGGUUGCAUCGUCUGUAACAUGGGACAUUCGAAUACAGAGAUAGAUGUGGGUAGUUUACGGACUCCGGACCUGUCGUGGGAAAAAGUAAGAUCACAAGUUGAUCACAUAAUUUGGCCUGAUGGCAAACGUGUUACUCUGCUGGCAGAGGGUCGUCUGGUCAAUCUUAGUUGUUCAAGCGUUCCGUCAUUUGUUCUCUCUAUCACCGCCACCACACAAGCAGUCGCUCUUAUUGAAUUAUUUCGUGCACCGGUUGGACGUUACCAAAACGAUGUUUAUCUGUUACCUAAAAAAAUGGAUGAAUAUGUUGCGGCAUUACAUUUACCAUCUUUUGACGCUCACUUGACUGAGUUAUCUGAUGAACAAGUAAAAUACUCCGGUGUAUCUAAAACUGGUCCAUUCAAACCUCACUAUUACAGAUAUUAAACGCUGAAACUUGCCCAGAGAAUUUCUUAAUCGUAUCCUACCGUGCUCUACCAUACAAUGAAAUGCUACAACAAAUCAUGCUACAAAAGUAUAAACUUCUCAGUAACUUUGACGACAAAUGCGUGUGACCGCAACGAUUUUGGCCGAGUGGGUGCGAAUGCGUGCCGUUUGGAAGACUUUAUAAUGUAGUUUUAAAUGCUCGAUCACGUGACCGUAGAUUAUAUUUAAAAUAAUUCUGUCUAAAUUUG